CUUUACGGGUGUUUGCGCAACUCACCGACAUUCCCUUCUUGUCUAACACUCAUUUCAGGGGAGUACACCUCUGAAACUAAUGACAUGGCAUGGGCCGUCAUCCUCAACUGAACUUUAAAGUUUGGUGCUAAUUGGCAAACGUUUGCACGCUUAAAUGUAAACAUGGUCAAAGUCGAGCUGCUGCUGCUGUAUAACAACAGAAGGUGCAAAUCUUUUAAUCGCGAGGAUGACCUCCAGUGACCCCCUCAGGUGGCCUUGACACUUCUAAGCUAUGAUUAUCACUAUCCCUGUUGUCAGCACAGGAAGGUAUUGGGCCAGGCCACGUUUACGGGCUACAGUUCCCAUUAACUGACUCAAUCUCUUCAAAACAUGCAGUUAUUUCAGAUUUUACAUGUACUACUCCACUGAUGAAUACUGAAACAAGGCCGAAAGCUUGCGAGAUGUUUCCAACCCCUUUCCCAAAUCCCCAUCUUGACGCCUAACAUGUAAUGUCCAUAAUUAUUGAAUUUAGCUCCAAUGCAUUCAUUAUAAGCUUCAGUCCACCCUGUAAACAGUAAUCAGGGGAGCAGUAAAUAACAUGGCUUCUGAAGGUCAGCGCUGUUGAGGAUGACUCGGCACUUGGCUUGUGUGUGAAUCAUGAGGCUGGUCAGGGACUUCCAUUACCACCAAGGAUUACUCACAGGAGGACAGGAGUAAUUUAGUAUUACACUUUCAUUAAGUUUGUGAACUCGGAAGAGAUUAUUAAAUACAGCAGUGCAUUUAGAUAUCUUGAUUUUUAAUUUUCUAGAAUGGGUCAAACUCCACCAGAAACGCUGAACCCUAUAUGUCCCAUAAUGCAACUAAUAGCAUCUUUUCCUGAGACCCUCUCUGAUUGUAAACGGACCGUAACGUGUAAAAUGUCUUAUCACUUAAUCGGGCACUUUGAUCACCCUUUUGAUAUUAUCAUACGUACAGACAUUAAUUGAGUUUAAAGUCGCAUGUUUUACCUUUACACAAACAUGAGUAGUUUUAAUGAAACUUUCUUUCAUAUGAUAAUGACAUUGUUAAUAACAAGUCCAUUAUACCAUAUAGGUACUUAUAUUAUAUUAUAAUCAGUGUGUUUGUACAAAGCUAACAUAUGUCCUUCCUCUGAGAGAAGCAGUGCCACAAGAAAAUCCUCCCGUGAUCUAUGUGUGAGCUAAUUGAUUUUGACAAGUGUCCAUUUCUAAUCCCUUAUCAUGUGAUCCAUAACAGCCCGUGUUUCACCCUGACUCUCAGAGGAGGGGAUUUGUCACAAUAGGGAGCCCAAAAAAAACCCAGUUCCACUCGUGCCAUUUUGAUCAAUUUGACCAUUUUGUCACAAAGAUCGUUUGCGGUAAUCGUCUCGAUAACCCGAGGACUGACGUUUGUAAUGCCGAGGGAAGCUUUGCAAGAGUCCCCCAGGUCAGACAGGGUGCAUUUAAUGUGAGAGAGAAUUUCAGUUUUUUAUUUUAGGGAAGAUUUCCACAAUGGGUCAGCACCUGACCGAGGAGAGCGACCCCGACAAGGAAAUCGACGUGGCCGAGCUGCAGGAUUGGUACAAGAAAUUUGUGGUGGAGUGCCCGAGUGGAACUCUCUUCUUGCAUGAGUUCAAGGGAUUCUUUGGCGUCGCCGAUAACAAGGAGGCCGCGGAUUACAUCGAAAACAUGUUUCGAGCCUUUGACAAGAACGGCGACAACACCAUUGAUUUCCUGGAGUACGUGGCAGCCUUGAACUUAGUCCUGAGGGGUAAACUCGAGCACAAGCUCAAAUGGACGUUCAAAAUGUACGAUAAAGACGGAAGCGGAUGCAUUGACAAAACGGAGCUUCUUGAAAUCGUGGAGUCUAUUUAUCGACUGAAGAAAGCCUGCCACGGGGAGCUGAAUGAAGAAUGCAAUCUGCUGAGCCCAGACCAAGUGGUUGACCGGAUAUUUGAGCUGGUUGAUGAAAAUGGAGAUGGGGAGCUCUCGUUGGAUGAGUUUAUUGAUGGAGCACGGAGGGACAAGUGGGUGAUGAAGAUGCUGCAGAUGGACGUCAACCCCGGGGACUGGAUCAACGAGCGGAGCCGCAGCACCGACUGCUGAGGCCGGAAUAAUAAACACAUCGUUCAUGUGUGA